UAUGACGAGACUCGCCAGGAGUACUUCUUUGACCGUGACCCGGAAGUGUUCAGAUCCGUCCUCAACUACUGGAGGACUGGGCGUCUUCAUUUGCCCUCUACCAUGUGUGGUCCCCAGGUCAGUACUUGAUACGGCAAAAACUGGGCAGGGGUGGAGUCUGUGGCAGGGGUGGAGUCAGUGGCAGGGGUGGAGUCAGUGGCAGGGUUGGACUCAGUGGCAGGGUUGGAGUCAGUGGCAGGGGUGGAGUCAGUGGCAGUGUUGGAGUCAGUAGUCAGUGGCAGGGGUGGAGUCAGUGGUAGGGUUGGAGUCAGUGGGAGGGGUGGAGUCAGUGGCAGGGGUGGAGUAAGUGACAGGGUGGAGUCAGUGGCAGGGGUGGAAUCAGUGGCAGGGGUAAAGUCAGUGGCAGGGGUGGAGUCAGUGGCACGGUUGGAGUCAGUGGCAGGGGUGGAGUCAGUGGCAGGGUUGGAGUCAGUGGCAGGGUUGGGGGGUGUUGAGCAUGACUCCCUUGAGAUUAAAACAAAAGAAACUGAUAUCUCUGACAAGAUACCUUGGUAUCACGAAAGAGGCACCCUUGGCUUCUCUGUUUUUCCAUCAUUACUACCAAGAACAUUUUCAUUAAUGGCAAAAAUAAUCUAUCAUCGUUUGAGGAAUUACAUUUUGUUUCUUUUCUACUUAAAAAAACACGCACACAAUAUAUGAAGAGAUUAUUUUUAAAACUCGGUAUACACCAUUUUCGAAAAAAACAAACAAAAAAAACGAAAAAAAACGAAAAAAAACGUACCCUUUUGUAACGCGAACCAGGUUCCUUUAGGACAUGGUAAAGAUUAUUUACCAAACACAUUAUAUUCCUUUUUUUAUUCUUGUCUAAAAAAAAAAAUGAUUUCCUUCUCUAAACGCACUAUGUAAUUUUGUGUAAAAAGUUGAAUAAUGUCAAAUAUACUCAUCUAUAUAAAUAUAUAUACUCUGAGGUUGUUUUCUGAUUGAACGAUUGAUGAAUUGAUGAACAUCGCUAACGCCUUCCUGUCAGGUGGAGGAGGAGCUAAAGUUCUGGGGUCUUAGCGAGAUUGACAUCGAGCCCUGCUGUUGGAACAACUACAACACCUGGAUGCAGACGAUCAAAUCUCUCAAGAAAAUGGAGCACGACCGUGACCCCGCCUACCUGCACGCCCAUGAGCCAAAACAGCACGUGCCGGUCACGAAAAGACAGCGUCUCCGUGCUGCGUUCUGGAACAUUCUCACAGAUCCUGCAUACUCUCUGGCGGCCAAGGUAAAACGUUGCCCCGUAGUUUGUCCAAAUGUGUAGCUUUUGUGGGUAAGGUAACAAUCCGUAAAAUUUGUGUUAUGCAUACAAUGGACGUUCAAACUCAUUGCUCAAAAAGCUAUAAAUAGCUAAAUAUACACAAACCUUCAAAAAAUACAUUUACUUUAAUGACUAUCUGGGGCCUACAUGAAUUAUUAGCAAUACAAACACAUACAUAAGUACGAGGAAUCAAGGGGACAAGAUUGCUGCGGGUAGCUGACCCCCCCCCCCCCAAACAGGGUUCGAAUAUCUCAUGUUCGGUCACAUUCUUCUUUCUUAUAUCAUUUCGAAUAAUACAUUGCAGCUAAGAGCUUUUUUUCUUUUAAAAAUUUAUAUUAUUUUUACUGUUGUUGGUUUGCUGAAGAAAAAAUCUUGCCGAAACGUUCGUUGUUUUGGUUGCGUCCUUUUUUUUCAGGUUUCCCCAUACUUUGUCUCGUUUAUUUCCUUUUACAGAUCCCGACUGCAACCUUUUCCCAUUAUUACCAUCUUAAUAAUUUAAGCGUGUCCAUCUUUAACACAGAGCGUCUCGUUCGUUUCAGAUUUACGCCUACCUGGCUCUUCUCUUCGUGGUAACGGCCAUAUUCUCAUUCUGCGCCUCAACCCACAAGUUCUUUCAAACAACAAGCUACGAUAACGCAUCAUCCGCCAUCUCGCCACUCAAUGCGACUCUAUGGGAGCAGUCCUACACGCCCGGUGUGGCAAGCAAUCUCACCAGGUCAAACAGCGGUCGGAAUGGGCCCAACCGGACGACACAUCUCCACCCGUCCCUCUUCAUCAUCGACAUCGCAUGCUUAGUUUUCUUCACGGCUGAGUAUCUGCUGAGACUUGCCUGCGCCCCGAACAGAUGCAAGUUCGUCGUGAGCGUCAUCGCCGUCAUCGACUUGCUCGCCAUCCUCCCAGACUACAUCGAGUUCGUCGUGUCUGCGGCGCACCCGGAUAUUACGUCAUUGCAGAGCAUCAUGGAGUUCAUGCCGUUCUUGCGCCUCAUGCGCGCGUUCAGAAUUUUCCGUCUGAUUCGCCGAGUGCCCGGGUUGUGGAUCAUGAUGUACACGCUGAAGGCCAGCUUCAAGGAACUGUCUCUCAUGCUUGUCUUCCUCUUGGUCGGGACGAUCCUCUUCUCGUCUUUGAUUUUCUUCGUGGACGACCCGGAAGUUUUUCACAGCAUUCCCCACAGCUUCUGGUGGGCGAUCGUCACCAUGACGACGGUGGGGUACGGGGACAUGACCCCUUCGACGCCCUGGGGCCAGCUCGUGGGCUCGGUUACCGCGAUUUGCGGGGUUCUCAUCAUUGGGUUCACCAUCCCGUCUCUGGUGAAUAAUUUCAUCACGUUUUUCAACCACGUGGAGUUUGUUAUUCAGAAGGAGCGUCUGCUUACUCAAGAGGAGGAG